UAAACUAAAAAUAGUCAAAGAAAAAUGAUGUAUUAUAAUUAAUUAAAAUUCAACUUUGAUAUUCACAUGACUCACUCAUAAUUGUUAUGAAAAAUAAAUAGUUCACAAUAUAGUUAAAAUUUAUUAUUCAACAAAAUGACUUCGAUGUUCUAUCAAUACGAGCAAGCAUCUCAAAGAUCUAAACAAGUGGUACCUCCACCAAUUCGAACAGACAUUAGUACGGCUGGAUUCAUUCAAAUGAAAUUACAAGAUGAUGGUCCGAUAUUCACUAAACAGAAAAUCAUAUUUUCACCUUCUGAUAAGAUUAUUCAUUUAGUAGUCAGUAGUAAUUUAAUUGUAAUAGCUAUGGCUAAUAAUGUUCUUCUUCGUAUUGAUAUGAAACAACCUGAUAAAGUAGAAGAAAUUGACAUUUCCAAAUAUGCUGUAGGAAUGAAAAUAUCCAAUUUAUUUUUAGAUCCUUUAGGUUAUCAUUUGUUAAUAACAUUAACAUCAAAGAAUGGAGAUAAUCCUCCACCAGAAUUAUUGUAUUUACACAGGAAGACUAUAAAAUUAAAACAAGCUGGAAAGUUUAAAGGUCAUGAAAUUACAGCAGUAGGAUGGAACUUUUCGAAUACUUCAGAAACAGUAACUGGACCAAUUCUUUUGGGCACUUCUAAAGGUUUAAUUUUUGAAACGGAGAUCAGCGAUGGUGAUAAAAUAUUUAAUACAAGCUUGGAACAAUAUUGGCGACAGCUUCCUAACUAUUUACCUCUUUACGGUGCUAAGGAGGUAGAAGGAUUGGUAUUUGAUAUAGGAAAGAAUAGUAAACCUCCAAUUACUGGUUUAGAAUUUCACAAAUUACCUAACUCUGAUAAAUAUAUGAUUAUUGUCACUACUGUUAUGCGUAUUUAUCAAUACAUUGGAUCUGUACAAAAUCCUGAUGAAAAGCCAUUAUUACAACAAGUAUUUAACAAAUAUUUAAAUAUACAAGAAAGUUUUAUCGAAAUGAUAAGCUCAUUAAGUUAUUCAAAAUUACAAUUUUUCUAUCCAUCGCUUGGUGCAUUACCAAAGUCAUUUGGUUGGUUGACUGAGACUGGUAUAUUGUAUGCAUAUAUAGAUCCAAAUUUAUCAGAUCCAAAGAGUGUAUUGGUAAAGCAACAAAUGAUAACAUGUCCUGAAACGAGUCUCAUGGGAAACAACGCAUCUAAUAUCAACACAACACCACUCUCUUUUGUAUUAACGGAAUUCCAUGCUUUAUUACUUUAUCCAGAUCGUGUGAAGGGCAUAUCGUUAUUAAAUCAAGAUCUUAUUUUUGAAGAUAUAUAUAAUGAUACAGUUGAAAAAUUGCUCAACAUUGUGAAAGAUCCGAUAAACCGUAGUAUUUGGGCAUACAGUGAAAGAGCAGUCUUUAAAUAUAAAGUAACCAAAGAAGAUAGAAAUGUUUGGCAGGUAUAUCUAGAUAAAGAAGAAUUUGAACUAGCUAAACAAUAUUGUAAAGAUAAUCCAGCAUACAUUGAUCAAGUAUUAGUGAAACAAGCAGAAAUGUUAUUUAAAAAUAAACAAUACGAAGAAAGUGCUUUAACUUAUGCAGACACUCAUUCAUCUUUCGAAGAAAUUUCGUUGAAAUUUUUACAAGAGUGGCAAAUAGAAGCUUUGAAAAUAUUUUUAAAAAAGAAACUCGAUGGUUUGAAAUCACAGGAUAAGACUCAAAUAACCAUGAUCGUUGUAUGGGUAAUAGAAUUAUUUAUGAAUCAAAUGGGAGAAGUAAGAAGUAAGGAUAAUUCAUAUACACAUAAUCCACAAUAUAUAGCGUUGCAAAAACAAUUUGACAGUUUCCUUUCUAUGCAUAAAGUUGAGGAGUGUAUAAAGAAAAAUCGUAAAACAAUUUACGAAUUAAUGUCGAGUCAUGGUGAUAAAGAAAAUCUAAUGCGUUUAACAAUAAUGCAUAGUAAUUAUGAAGAAGUAAUACGACAACAUUUAUAUAAAAACAAUUACUUAGAAGCUUUAGAGGUAUUAAAAAAUCAAACUAACAAAGAUUUGUUUUAUCAAUUUUCUGGUACGUUGCUUCAAGAAUUGCCACGUCCUACUGUGACUGCUCUAAUUUCACAAGGAUCUUUAUUGAAACCAUCAAAAUUGCUUCCAGCUUUAGUAUCUUGUAAUAGCGACGAGAAACAUGCUAAAGAGAUCAUCAAAUAUUUAGAAUUUUGUGUUUAUAAACAAAGUUGUCAGGAACAAGCGAUACAUAAUUUUUUACUUUCACUUUACGCACGUUAUAAAGAAGAAGAAGUUAUGCAUUAUAUUAGUUCACAAGGCCAGUAUAUUGGUAUGGUACAUUAUGAUGUACAUUAUGCUUUAAAACUAUGCCAGGAGGCUGGUUUAACAGAGGCAUGUGUACAGUUAUCAGCUUUGCUUGGUUUAUGGACAACAGCAGUAGAUUUGGCAUUGACAAUUAAAGUCGAUCUUGCUAAACAAAUUGCAGCAAUGCCCUCUGAACGUGACGAUGCUUUACGUAAAAAAUUAUGGCUUAAAAUAGCUGAACACGUAGUACGUGAAAAGAACGAUAUACAACAAGUUAUGGAAUUUUUACAACAAUGCGAUUUAGUUAGGAUAGAAGAUAUUUUACCAUUCUUUUCAGAUUUUGUUACGAUAGAUCAUUUUAAGGAUGCCAUUUGUAAAUCCUUACAGGAUUAUAAUCGGCAUAUUCAAGAUUUGAAAGAAGAAAUGGAAGAAGCAACAAAAGCAGCUGAAGUUAUUAGAAAAGAUAUACAAACUUUUAGAACUAGAUGCACUUUCGUAGAUUCGAGAGAUACAUGCAAUUCUUGCGACGUCCAACUAUUAUUAAGGCCUUUUUAUGUAUUUCCUUGUGGUCAUAGAUUUCACAGUGACUGUUUGGUUGCUGCAUUAACCCCUAUGUUAUCAAUGGAUCAACGAACAAAACUUGCUGACCUUCAACGUCAACUUACCUUUAUUUCAAAUAGAUCUGAAAAUACGUCAACGUCAACUAGAUUGACACCUUUACCUGCAAAGGAUCAAAUUAAAGCUGAUAUCGAUGAAUUGGUAGCUUCGGAAUGUUUAUACUGCGGGGAACUAAUGAUAGAAUCAAUCGAUAAACCAUUUAUAGAAGAAGAAGAUUAUGAAAGAGUAAUGAGAGAAUGGGCAUAAUUACAAUGAAGGUAGUAAAACAUGUUUAAUAAAAUAUCUAAUAAAUAUAUAAAUAAUGAUGUCCACCAUCUCUUGUUUAAAAUAUUA